CACUUCCCCUCCUCAGCAGAAUAGGGAGAGAAAUUACAAUGGAAAGCUCAGAAAUUGAGAUGGAGCAAACCUGUGAUGAUAUAGAUGAAAUGUUCAGCAAUUUACUGGGGGAGAUGGACAUGCUGACUCAGAGUUUAGGAGUGGAGACUGUACCACCUCCAUGCCCCAAAGUGUCCAACAAUGAAUUGAGCUUUACAGUUGGUUUUAAAGAUUUAAAUGAAUCGCUAAAUGCCCUAGAGGAUAAAGACCUGGAUGCUUUAAUGGCUGACCUUGUAGCAGACCUUAAUGAUGUUGAACAGAAAACUUUACAAGCCCAGAAAACAUCUCCUUGCAACCAGCAAAGUACAGUCACUCAGCCUUCAACAGGCUUGAAUAAUGACAUUUAUUCUAAAGUAAGCCCCUAUGUCACCAUUACUGGACAGUCCUGGGAUGAUUUGCCCCCUCCACCUCCACCUCCAGACCCUGAGUCAGAACUUCCACCACCACCACCACCACCUCCUCCUGAGCCACUUACUCAGGAAGAACUAGAGGCAAAGGCUAAAGCUGAAAAGAUUAAACUUGCAUUGGAGAAACUGAAGGAAGCCAAAGUUAAAAAGCUUGUUAUCAAGGUGCACAUGAACGAUAACAGCACCAAGUCUCUGAUGGUGGAUGAGCGCCAGGUGGCGCGGGAUGUUUUGGACAAUCUCUUUGAGAAAACCCAUUGUGACUGCAACGUCGACUGGUGUCUGUAUGAGAUGUACCCUGAGCUGCAGAUUGAAAGGUUUUUUGAAGACCAUGAAAAUGUUGUUGAAGUGUUAUCAGACUGGACUCGAGACACUGAGAAUAAGGUCCUGUUUUUGGAAAAAAGUCAAAAAUAUGCUUUAUUUAAAAAUCCCCAGAAUUUCUACCUGGCGAACAAAGGGAAGAAAGAAAACAAAGAAAUGAAUGAUAAAAACAAAGAGGCUUUGCUGGAGGAAAGCUUCUGUGGGACAUCUGUCAUUGUGCCAGAGCUUGAAGGGGCCCUUUAUUUAAAAGAAGAUGGGAAAAAGUCCUGGAAGAGGCGUUAUUUUCUUCUACGAGCUUCUGGAAUUUAUUAUGUACCCAGAGGAAAAACCAAGACAUCACGGGAUCUGGCAUGCUUCCUUCAAUUUGAGAACGUGAACGUGUAUUAUGGUUAUCAACACAAAGUGAAAUAUAAGGCACCUACAGAUCACUGCUUCGUCUUAAAGCACCCCCAGAUUCAAAAGGAGUCGAACUAUAUCAAGUACUUGUGCUGUGAUGAUAAAGCAACCCUGCAUCAGUGGGUAACAGGAAUAAGAAUUGCCAAGUAUGGCAAGACACUCUAUGACAAUUACAAAUGUGCAGUGAAGAAAGCUGGCCUGUCCUCUCGGUGGGCAAAUCAAAAAGUGGUGGAGCCAGCUGGCCCUGCAGGAUCCUCAUCAGCAGGUACUGUUCAGUCAAAUGGACAGAUUCCCCAAAGUGUUCAUUGUUGCAGUGCAGAAUUUCCAGACACUCAGAAGAAAGUGGAUACAUCUGAGGCACAAGCUGAAACAAAUAACACCAGUGCAUCUGGCCUGGCACAGCCAUUGCUGAGGCCACAGAAAGUCCAGAGUAAGAGGACCUCACUGCAGCCUCCUCCUCCACCUGAAAGGCGUUCAUCUAUUUCUGCUUCACCGGUUCUACCCUCCAAAGUGAAACGAGACAGUGGCAUUUUCCUAACAGAUCCAGAGAGCUUUCCAGCACCACCACCUACACUGAAGGUUGAUUUUCCUCCUCCACCACCACCAUCCGAUUUCUGUGAACCACCUCCUGAUUUUGUGCCUCCACCACCACCGGUCUCCAGCAGCAGUAAUGGAGAUGUGCCAUUACCCCCUCCACCUCCACCUGUCUCCAGUAAGCCACCACCACUUCCAAUGAAGAAACCUGUACCACUUCCUCCAAAAAGGCUGGAAAACACAGGACAGGAUGGAGAGCCACAGUCAGCAGGGCCACCUCUGAUUGCAGGGGGAGGCAAACAAGCAGAUUUCAUGUCUGACCUAAUGAAAGCCCUUGAGAAGAAAAGGGGUAACAGCUCCUGAACUCUAGGAGUGGAUAGACUUAAAGGCAUAGCUGGUCUUGUGAAACACCACAGAAUGUCAGGCUUCUCCAGGAGAAAUUCUCCUUCAGGCUUCCUCUUGGAAGGAUCUCAAGAAGAUGAGGCACCCUGUGUCCCCCACUUUGUGUCUGUAACCUGCCACUUUCCCCCUGCACCUCAUCAUCCCCUGCUCUUAACUCCUAUUCCAGCACCAGGCCAAGGUAAGAAUUCACUGGAGAGUCUUGCUUCCCUCCACAAGAACAGCCAGGGAUUUCAGAAAGUGAAAUGCAUCUACUCUGGCUGCCUUUUUAGUAGAAUUGGAGUUAAAGGAAAAACACAAUGUCCUCAUGCAAAUUUUGAGAAGUGGGAAGGAAGAUCCCUUUUCAUAGAAAUGCCCUUAAAAGUUCUUUAUCAGAAAACUUCCAGCUGUGGGGGCUUUUUCCCAAUACAAAGAUGCUUUUAAAAUUUUUAGGGCCAUUUCCAGACAGUUUCACCUCAAAUGUUAUACAUUCUUGUUUCUAUAUACAACUCACUCGUACCCAGCUGCUGCUUUGAAAUCUCAUUUUUUUGGUUACCUUAGACAAAGAAAAAAAAAUUAUUUUGAAAUGAUGUAUGCUUCUGUGGUAAAUGGGAAUUUUUUUUCUCUUGGUUAACAUUUUUUUCUCUUGGUUAACAUUUGUCGAACUGUACCUGUAAAUUAUCUGUCUUGUGAAAGUAUUUUUAAUUAUCUUGUACCUGAUAGGAACGCAUUCUCCUACAUUUUUUUUUCAUUUGUUCUCCGGAUUUAAUUCUCCACUGUUCAUUUAGAAAGCAUUCAUUGUUAGCUCUUA